AUGGUCACCAGAGUGUGCGCGGCCUACGAGGUGCACGAUGGCACGUGUGACCAGUGCGAACCCGACCAGGCUCCGCGGGCCGACGAAGUGUGCCGAGAAUGCGGCUUCUACUACUGCACCCGCCACGCCGACGAGCACAAGUGGAGGUUCCCCAGUCACCACCUGGUCAAGAACACGCAGGGCCUUCAGGCCAGGACCUCGCGAGCCGGCGGGGAGAGGCCCGGGAAGGAAGAGACCACGGUCAAGGUGGAGCCGCGGCAGGAGCUAGAAAGCGCCUUGGAGGACAGUGACUCGGAAGGAGGGAGCGAGACCGGUGAGGAGAGUGAAGAGGAGGACAGUGAGCCAGAAAGCGAGAUGAUGGAAGAAGACAUCCAAGGAAGGUCCGUGUCGGAAAGAGAAACUAAGGCAGAAAGCAAAUUGGACCCAAAAAGAGCACUGGAAGAAAAGAGAACGUCCAAGAGGAAGUAUGCAGACCAAGGGCUUGAUUUGAGCCCCUACUCCCAGAAAGACAAGCCGAUCAUCUGUGUCCUUGGGACUCAGCAUGGUCACCAGCUUUACACCUUAGAUGAAGCCUUUGAAGAACUAAUAAGCAAAGACUCCACUAGAGUGAAGGCAGCCAUUAUAGAGUUGGUGGAAAAGUUAAAGCUCAAGAGUUCAGAUCCUAAAGUAACUCAGAGAGAGAUAAAGGAGUUCAUACAAAAAGAAUUUAAGAAAGUUCAGCAAGUGCUUGCUGAUGAGGAGCAUAAAGCUGUGCAUCUAGUAGAUAUCCAGGAAGAAAUGGACAGAGAUCAUCUAACUGAGAUACUGGCAGACCUUCAGUCCUGUAUGGAUAAGCAGAGGACUCAGAUGCCCCAGACCAAGGAACAACUUGGUACCUCUAACAAAUCAGCUAAGCCAAGGGCAGGGUGUGCUUAGGAAGGACCCAGUGGUGCCAGUGAAUAAGAGAACACAUGAAGGCUUGCCAUCAGAGUGGAAAACAACCCCUUCCCUUGUGUAUAUAUAACGGGCUUCUGACUUCUCUGAAGACUGCCCAGCAACAAAUGUACUCCCACCGGAUAUACCUCUAGAUCCACAGCAGGCACAUAUGUCUCCAAGGAAUGACCAGUUUUAUGCUUACUAUGUACUUCUCAUUCUC